CACAACUCUCUCUCUCUCUAUCCUGUUGUUUGUAUAAGCUGAUACUGUGUCAGAAGUCAGAACUGUAGUUUCCUUUUGUCCUUCAGAGCAUGGAGGCCCCUCUGUGUCAGAAGAAAAUCUUAAUCUGAAGGGUUGUUUGAUUGUUUCUCUUUCAGUGUCCAUCCCAAAAAGAAAGCAAUCUGUAUGCUGUAAAUACAGCAACAUAUCAUACCCAUCAGUCCGAAACCCUAAUUUUUGUAAGACCUCAUCACCUUCUUUCUACAGCUUUUGUUUUGGCUACAAUGACUCUUCAUCAACAUUUACCCUCCAACCCUAGAUCCAUUAAAACUAGGUUUGCUAUUCGGUUUCUGCAAACCCUAAAGAGACUCAACAAAAACAGACCCAUUUCAUCAUCUUUGAGAGAGAUUCAUGGCAGAUACCGGAUAGUUAAGCUCGCUGCUGAUGCAUCCAUGGCGUCUGUAGUUGGAUCAAGACGAGUUUGGAGUCGAGCGUUGCUCUGGAAAAUUCGAAACCGUGCACUGCGAUGUAAUUCAAUGAAACGAAAGAGAAUUCAUGCGUUAAGGGUAAGGAGAAGAGGUGGAGGAGGACACCCAACGAGAGAGAGUGGUUUUGGUCAAGCCAAUGACCUUCGGAAACUUGUACCCGGCGGUGAGGUUAUGGAUAUAUGCAGCUUGUUGGAUGAAACUGCGGAUUAUAUAAAGUGUCUCACCACCCAGGUACAGGUCAUGAGAAAUAUUGCUGAUUUAUAUACUUCUUGAGCUAUACUGUGAUGAAUAAUUGCGCAGGAUGAACAAAUUGAAGAAAGAGAUGAUCAUAGUCUGCGUGUUUCAAAUAUAUAUCUUUCUCUCGCUCUAAGAAACAGAUAGGUCAAUGGAAACUGGGUUGCAAGUUGCUGAAUACAGAAGUAAAGAUCAGCCGUACCACUUCAUAUUUCAUAAGAAAAACAUCUUGUAAAUUGGACAUGUUUUGUUGUCUUUCUGCUAAGGUAAUGAGUUUUAUACUUUUAUUCCCC